AUGUAUUUUAACAACAACAGAAGCACAACACCUUUCGGAACCCUAUGGGGGGCUCCUCGUUACAACAAGACACCUUUGAAGGUGGUUUCGAUUCCGGUUCGUUUUGUUGGGUCUGAGAGAAACAGAAAUGAUUCAGCCAUGGUGAUUCAGAGGGUUGCAAGAGGGUUUCUUGUGAGGAAGAGUAUGAAGAAGAUGUUGAAGAUGAAAGUGGAGUUGGAGGAGAUUGACAAGAAGGUGAAUAGUGAAGAAACUGUGAAGAUGAUGAAGAAGGAGCAAAAGGAGAGGAUAAGGAUCGGUGAAACAAUCAUGAAUCUGCUUCUUAAGUUGGACUCUGUUAGAGUGUUCAAUUGUGGUGCUCUCAGAGAGUUUAGAAAGUCGCUAAUUAAAAAAGCCAUUUUUCUUCAAGAAUAUGUGGAUCAAAUUCAAAUGGUGAGUCCCAAAGAUGAGGUGGAGAAUGAGGAUGGUGAUUGUUUGAUGAAGGUAAAAGAGGAAGAGGGUGGAGAUGAGGAUGAGAAGAAAGAAGAGAGUGUGGGGUCAAGUUUGAUGGAGGAAGAAAUUGAGGAGAAUAGUGUGGAUGUGAAAGAAGAAGAAGAGGGUAGAAAUGUAAUUUUAUGUGAGGAGGAAGAGGAUGAGAAAAGGGAAAUAUUGAUAAGGAUGAUGAAUGAGAAUGAGAAGAUGAUGCAUAUGAUGACACAAUUGUUUGAAAAGAAUGAGAAGCAAACAUCACUUCUCACAUCUCUCACACAAAGGGUGGAACAGCUUGAGAGAGCAUUCACUUGUGACAAAUUGAAGAAGAAGAAUAACAGGAGGAGAAACGUUGAUCCAAAACAUAGAUAUAAUGGAUGCAUAUGA